GGAGGGGAGGGGGGGGAGAGGGAGCUACAGGGUGACUGGGACCAGGAGAAACUGUGUAGUUGAAAGAGAAGAGAGGGAGAAGAAGGAAGAGUGAGAGGGAAAGAGCUGUGUUUUUGUUGUUGCUAAACAACAUGUGUCUCAGUGCCCUGCUACUCAUCUGUCUCUCCCAGGCAGAGUUGGGGAGAGUUUGGGCUCAGCAACAAACAGAGAUGCGGUAUCAUGUGAAUGGACAGCAGCAUGAGAAGCCAUCACACAGGACCCCCAGAGAGCCGUGGCUGGGUUACGCCAGGGUAGCCAGGGAAGUACUGGGAGGAGGACUGACCAUUGACACCCUACCAGACAACAUGACACACUUAGUGGAGGACGCUGGUAGGUAUUACUCAUGGCGUAGUUUUGGCCCUGAUGACCAGCGCACAGAUGAACUCUGGGUAGAUCUAAACGACCUAGAGCAUGGCCAAGUCAGAAUGCAUGGCAUUUUGUCCAACACACACAGACAAGCUGCGAAGGUCGCCCUCUCAUUUGACUUCCCCUUCUACGGACAUUAUUUGAGGCAGAUUACCAUAGCAACAGGAGGGUUUAUUUUCAUGGGAGAGGUCACACACCGCAUGCUGACAGCAACACAGUACAUCGCCCCCCUCAUGGCCAACUUUGACCCCAGCUUCUCCAAGGAGUCUAUUGUGCAGUACCUGGACAAUGGUGAGGUGUUUGUGGUGCAGUGGGAGCGGGUGAGACUCCACGGGAGGGAAGCAGAGGGGGCAUACACCUUCCAGGCUGCCCUGCACCUCACAGGGACCAUCACCUUCAGCUACAGAGAUAUACCUUUGCCAGUGGAGGUGAUAAGUUCUGCUGAGCACCAAGUGAAGGCAGGGUUGUCAGAUGCAUUCCUGGUAAACCUGCCAUCCCCUCAAUCCUCAGAUGCCCAACGUCGGCUCUACGAGUACCAUCGGUUGGACAUCGAUACAACUAAGAUCACCAACAACUCUGCCUUUGAGUUCACUGCAUUGCCUACCUGUCUGCAGCAUGACAGCUGUGAACUCUGCCUCUCGUCCAACCUAACCUCUGGCUGUACCUGGUGCAACAUCCUCCAGAGGUGCUCAGACGGAAUGGACAGACACAGGCAGGAGUGGCUGGACUACGCCUGUUCAGAAGAGGCCAAAGAUGUCACAUGUGAGGAUUAUUCCAUGGGGAGACCAGACAGCUCCAUUGACCCUUCAGUUCCCUCAGACUCUGAGGUCACCACUCCCCUGGAGCCCCUACUAGAAGGCCCUGCCACGGAGAACGUGAAGACAGGCCCCCCGAGACAACUCGACGGGUCAGCUCACACAGGAGUUAUAGCAGGUGUAGUAGCUGCAUUGGUGCUACUGCUGGCUCUGACACUUCUGGCUCUUUACAUCAACUCUCAUCCUUCUGCUGCUUCACCCCUCUACUUCUUACAGCGACGCAACAGCUACUGGCCAUCCAUAAAGUUCAGGAAGCAGGAAUUCCACUCCAGCUAUGCAGAGGUGGAGGUCGAAGGUCAUGAGAAGGAGGGAAUCAUGGAAGCUGGCCAGUGCUGACCGGACUGAAGAGCAACUGGAUGAUGAAGAGAUGAAAAUGAGUUUGUAGGAGAGGAAGGAGUGAGCUUAGAGCUACACACACAUCCCUUACUCCAUUACACAAAUAAUGUUUUUCUGUUCAUUCAUUUUUCAAUAAUCACCUCAAUAUAGUCCUUGUCUUUAUUGGCUAAAAAGUGGGUGGCAUUUUAUAUAAUUUUUGGUGGACAAAGUCUUCUACUCUUCUUUUAGACAUCCGCGACAUCCGGAGGAGGCCACUUUUAGGCUUUGCUAGAAUUUCUUUGUUCAGUAUGGGUGUGGAUGAGUUCCAAGUUUCUCAGCAGGUACGGAUUGCUGUCUCACUCACCAUUUACCACACACCUCCAUGGGAUGUGUAACUGGAAUAAACUGUGAUACGUUAUGACUAUCAACAUCCAUGGAAAAAACACUAUAAAGGAUUCUGUAUCCCUGCACUUCCAUGACAAGAACAAAGACUGGUUGUGGAUGUUCUUCAAUGAUCAUCUCUGCAACUUUUUUUUAUUGUAUAGUUAAUGUUUGAAUGUUUUGUUCCUGUAUUGCUUUUUUAAAUUUACAGUACCAGUCAAAAGUUUGGACACACCAACUCAUUCAACAGUUUAUCUUAAUUUUUACU